AUUUCUCUCUCUCUUUCUCACUUGCAUUUCAACAACGGAAUUUUGUAUUUUAUUUUAUUCUAUUCUAUUCUAUUCUAUUUUAUUGUCUCUAUCCUUAUUGUUCCACAGCAAUGCUCAUUGUCGGGCUCACAGGCGGGAUUGCCAGCGGCAAGAGCACAGCCAGCAAGGCGCUGCGCGCCCGGGGCAUCCCGGUCAUAGACGCAGACGCAAUAGCGCACGAAAUAAUGCAGCCGGGCCAAGCCUCAUACCGCAGGGUCGUCUCCCACUUCGGCCCCGGCAUCCUCCACCCCGACCGCACCAUCGACCGGGCCAAGCUCGGCGCAAUAAUCUUCAACGACCCCGCCCAGCGCCAAGCGCUCAACCAGCGCACACACCCCUACGUGCGGCGCCGCAUCCUGCAUCUCCUCCUGCAACACUACCUGCGCGGCCACGCACUGUGCAUCCUGGACGUGCCGCUGCUGUACGAGUCUGGGAUGGAUCGCCUGUGUGGCCGGGUUGUGGUCGUCGUGUGUGCUGAGGAGACGCAGGUGAGGCGGCUGCGCGAGCGGAGCGGGCUUGGGAGGCAGGAGGCGCAGGCGAGGGUGAGGGCGCAGAUGGGCUUGGAGGAAAAGGCCAGGCGCGCCGACGCCGUGGUGGCCAAUGAGGCGGGCAUCAGCGAGAUGCAGGAGGAGGUGUGCCGGGUUGUCGACGCGUGGAGGCCUGGAUGGCUGCGCACCGCGGCGGCGCUGGCCGUGCCCCUGGCGGCUGCCGCGGCUGUGCCGGCGGCCUUUGUCCGGUCGGCGGCGCUGGGGAUCAAGGCGCUGGGCGCGGUGGUGGCUCUGGGCGCGUACCUUUUUGUGUCGCACUAUUAAAUUCAUUUGAUUCAUCUGCUUGAUAUGCUUGAUAUGCUUGAUAUGCUCUUGAUCUGCUUGAUAUGCU